UUUUUUUAAAUAGUCGUCAUACGUUUUUUUAUACAGAUCUCACAGUAAUGUGCACCUCUUAAUAAUAUAUUCUUGAUGUAAGUAUUGUUUCGUGCAAACUUAAUCAUGAAUCGUGGUGGAUCAUCAAAAGUCGCGCAACAUAACCUUUCUCCGAUGCCUCAAAGUGACCAGGAACGCGAUUUUCAACAACGCGAACCGACGCUUUACACCGUUAAGGGUAUGGCCAUCCUGGAUAACGAUGGCAACAGAAUAUUAGCUAAAUAUUAUGACAAAAAUGUGUUUCCCACGUCAAAGGAGCAAAAAACAUUUGAGAAAAAUCUUUUCAAUAAAACCCACAGAGCAAAUGCAGAAAUUAUUAUGUUGGAUGGUUUAACCUGUGUUUAUAGGAGUAAUGUAGAUUUAUUCUUCUAUGUUAUGGGAAGCUCACACGAAAAUGAGCUUAUCUUGAUGAGUGUCCUAAAUUGUUUAUAUGAUUCAGUUAGUCAGAUCUUGAGAAAAAAUGUUGAAAAAAGAGCUGUUCUAGAUAGCUUGGACAUAGUUAUGUUAGCAAUGGAUGAAAUUUGUGAUGGAGGAAUUAUUCUUGAUGCUGAUGCCUCGAGUGUUGUUCAGAGGGUAGCAUUAAGGACUGAUGAUAUUCCACUUGGAGAGCAGACAGUUGCACAGGUUUUGCAAUCUGCAAAGGAACAACUGAAAUGGUCCUUGUUGAAAUAAAUUUCGUGCAUUAAAAUUGUACUGAAUAUACAUGUAUGUAUAAAAUUAAUAUUUUAAAAUAUAAAAAUAACAAAUUUCA